AUGACGGAUCUUCAAAUGAAAUCUAAUUCAAAAAAAAAAUCAAAACAAAAUGUCAAAAUAAAAGAAAUUUUUCUUAGUAAUAAUGAUGUUGAUAAAAUUUUAAAUAACGAGAUAUAUAUUAAAAGUAUGAAUGAAAUUAUAGAAUCUUAUGAUAAUUUAGAAAUAUUAAAUUCUUUUUUGUGGCCUACUUUGGCAAAUCCUUUUUUACCUUCUUUUUCUAGAAGAACAAGUGUCAAUUCGAUGGGUAUGGAACAAUUAACUACUACUCAGGAAGUAUUUAAUUCAAUGAUGACUUCAUACGCUAAUACCAUUUUGUGUGGUAUAAGUAGAAAUCAUUUACCUACCACAAAAUUAUCAAAAAGAAAAAAAGCAAAAUUAAAGUUUAUUUUUAAUUGUAAAUCAAAAUUUUCCAUGGAAUACUUGAAGAAUGAUAUUGAUAAUAAACAUGGAUAUUUAUUAAAUCGUUCAGAUCCAAUCAAUCUAGGAAAAUGUUACAAAGAAAAUCGUAUUUCAACAUCGGUAAAUAUUAGAAAAUUAUUACGUAUUUCAGAGACAAAUCAUUAUCAUGGAAAAAAAGUACCAGAAUCUUUUAAAGAUGACAUAAAAGUAGUUAUAAAUAAUAUGAAACUUCCAAAUAAAUAUUAUUAUGUUCAAUCAAAUUCUGUAGAAAUAAAGAAUGUAGAAUUUUUUGAUGAUGGUAACAGUUAUAUUACUAUUGAUAGAGUUGGACGUACAGAAAUUUUUAAAUAUAGUAAUAUAAAUGGAUUGUAUAAAAAAAACAAAACUAUUGCAUAUAGUAAUAAUUUAAUUGUAGAAGAUAUGCUUAUAUCCCAAAAAAAAAAAAUUGUUUAUAUUUCGCAAUACCCAGGUCACAUUCAUAGUAUUGAUCUUGAAGAUCUAAAUCAAAAUUAUUUGGUAAAUAAUCUUAUAAUAUAUAUUCCAGAUUUUUCGAAUUCUAAUGUUAUAAAAAAAAUUUGUUUUAAAGAUCAAGAUGAAAGUUUUUUAAUUUGUGGUUCAGCUGAUGGAAAUGUAUAUGGAUAUGAUGUAAAUAAAUUACAAUUGGCUUUUAAAGUUAAAUCACAUUAUUCUGUAAAAGAUGUAUGUAUGUUGUCUAAGGAUAAUUCAAAUGUUUUUGUAUCUGCUGGAAGAAAUUAUUUAAAUGUUUUUGAUAGUAGAAUACUUAAAACAAACUCUGAGUUAUGUUCUCCAAUUGCAAUUAUUACAGAUACAAAUAUGAUAUUUAAUCAUGUUGCAUCACGUGGUGAUGGUAAUUAUGUUGUUGUAUCGUGCAAUGAAGACAAAAUUAAAGUUUAUGAUGUUAGAUAUGCCAAUAAAUAUAUUUUUGACAAUGGAGAUGACUCUAUACCUGAAGGUUUAGCAAAUAUUGGUGGAAUUGAAAUGAAUAAGAUUCCAGAAUUUAGUGGUAUAUGUAAAAGUAAAUUUUCACCACCUCAUACAGGUAGUAGAUAUAUUUAUACGGGAUGUUAUGAUGGAAAUGUUGUUAUUUUUGAUUUAUAUACUGGAUUAAAAAUUAAAACAAUAUGGUGUAAAGGUUUAAAAAGAACAUCAGCAUUAGAUUGGCAUCCAUUUAAAAAUGAAAUAGUAGCUGGAGGUUUUUAUGGUAAAGUUGCUUAUAUUACUGAUGAAAAACAUAUAAAAAGUGCUAAAAAAUGUAGUAAUUAUUCAACUGUCAUAACACCAUGUGUUACCACUCAUUAA